GAUUAUUAAUCAAUAGCAGCGUACAUACUCAGCUUUUCUACAAGCCUUACAAACAGUGGUGUUCAUUCGAUUUUUGCGAACUGGUCACCGGUCUUGUCAGCGAUCCACCAUCAAAAUGGCACAGGUGGCAGCUGUUAUUGUUGCUACGUCUACGGGUCGAACCUUGGCCGACGAGCUCAGCUCGCGAGGGUCGUAUACACACCUGAUUGAGGGUCCGGACGGGGUUCCAAAGGUGCUGCUGGGUGUGAACGGGCAACCCGUGCUCAACCACUGGCUGGCAGCCAUCAAAGCGGUUCCACGGCUAACGCCCAUUGAAGAAAAGGUUUUCAUCUUAUGCAAUGAAAACAACGUGGAGCACGUGCGCGCCUGGGCGGCCGACCCGCGCACCUCGCUGGGCGGCUUCCCGCUGGACAACGUACUUACCAAUGGCAGCGACGACUCGCUGGGCUUCGCCGGCGACCUGGCGGCGUUCCUGGCCGCCGCGCCGCCGGCUGCGCAGCUCAGUAGCGCCAGCCUGGUGGUGGUGGAGGGUGACGGCCUGGUGGGGCCGGGCUUUGGGCUGAGCCGCGUGGUGGAGCACACGGUGGUGCGGGGCAAGGACACGCUCACCUACAUGGCGGCGCCCGAAGGCAUGCCUCUGGAGGGGCAGGCGGUGCUGGGGCUGGAGGACGCGGCCAACGCAUACCAGACCGCCUCGCAGCGGGUGGAGGGACUGGACGCCGCCGCCAACGGCAUCGCCGACCCCAUGGCCUUCACGCCGGUGUUGGCGCCCGUGGCGGUGCUGCGGCCGGAGACGGUGGCGCGCGCAGCGGGCAGCGCGGGCGCGGGCCCCUCCCCCUACGGCACCUGCGGGCUGGGGUACAUGCUGGCUGGGCUGCGGCCGGGUGACGUGGCGCACCCGCCCAUGUACGCCAUGCCCGUGGACAGCUGCUUCCGGCUAGGGGACGCCUACAGCCUGCAGCUGGCCUCCAACUUUUUUGCCUACUACGCCACAGAAAAGGCGGGAGGCAAGGGCGAGGCGGCCAAGGCGCUGGAUGCGGCGCGGCGGCUGGCGCAGCUGAACGAGGCGCGCACUAUGGCCGGCGGCUCUUUGGCGGGUGCGGUCAAGUUGGUGCGGGAGGUGGAGUCGGCCCGGCCACCGGAGCCAUGCGUGGACGCCGCGCAGCGCAAGCUGUACAACGCCUUCUUCCAGAGCUGGCUGGCGGGCGACCGGCACCAUGACGUGGGCGCCACAGUGGGCCGCGGCGGCGUCUCGGCGGCGGGCGGUGGCGACGGUGCGGGGGCGGGGCUGCCGCUGCGAUUUGCGGACGUGACCACGCGCAAGCACAACCCCAAGCAGCAGCACCCCGUGUACCAGACCUCCAACUCCAUCUACGGCGCCAAGGCUCCCAGCCAGCUGGACAUGCCGCUCUCCUACAGCUCAUCCUCGCAGGCCUUCACCCGGGCCUUCCCCGUCACUGCAGCGAAGAAUAGCUGCAUGGUCACCUCCGUCACACGCAGCAAUGUGCACAAGGCGCUGGACGACUUCUGAGAGCGGGCAGGUGCAUUUGGUGACGAGCACGAGUGAAUGAAAGGGCAUGUGUACAUGAUAUGAUGGUCAUGGUAGCUGGUAAAUCCUGCAUCCUGAGAAAGGUGAUGCUGUAGCUUUCGAGGAUGCGCUGGGAGAGCCUCUCGAGGUGGCCGUUGUGGCAGCCCGCAUCGAGUGGGGACUGGGGAAGUGCGGGAGGGUGGUGUAAUGGUGCUGAAUUUCCGUAUUCAGCACAACUGUAUAUAGGUAGCUUACAGCGGCUUCCUUCUGAUACAGACUGAAUGGCAAAUGUGAAGACUUCACUGCCACUACUGUAACCAUUUGGCAUU